GCAGUCGCGAACCAAACGCUGCAGGCGAAUCGAAUUUUUGGGCAGAGAAGAAAAGCGAUCAAAUCUAGAGAUCAUAAGAGAUUGUGUUAAGGAAAGAGGAGGAUUCCUUGUGAUAAUAUUUUUUGUUCGAGUGCCACGGUUGAAAAACUCGCUUGUUUUUUGAGUGACGCGUACGUUUAAAGUCCUUCCAAAAACCCAAAAAAAAAACCCGAAAAACCCGAGAUGAUCUGCCCGAAACGCACCUCGGAGCUGCUGGACCUCCACUUGGCGCCGUUCAAGGACAAGGAUCCCGCCUGGGAGAUCGGAGUGUCGAGGAUCGCGGGACGCGGAGUGGUGGCCACGCGGAGCCUGAAGAGGGGCGAGAUUAUUUUCCGGGACAGCCCGCUGCUCAUAGGAUUGGCGGCGCACGAGGAGGACUCCCUGAAUGCGUGCAGUGUGUGCCUGAAAAUGCUUCCCGAUACGCGGUUCAUGUGCCGCCAGGGAUGCGGUCUACCGAUCUGCGCCCUGUGCGCCAAGAAGAAGGUCCACAAGAGCGACUGCGAUCUCUUCAAGAGCUGGGGACCCAACGAGCCGGAUGUGGCCAAUUCGGUGAUCAUCCGGCUGCUCUGCGUGGCCAGGGCCAUUAAUUUGAGCAAGGAGCAGCGCGAUCUGAUCUACUGCCUGCAGGCCAAUUUGGACAACAACCAUCGCACCGAGGUGAGGAACGCGGCCAAGUGCUUCAAGAACUUCCCCACCGACAAGAAGCUCAUCGAGAUCAUGAACCGCACUGUUGCCGUUUUGAGGACCAACGGCUUCGACAAGACCACCGACCGGACGAACGACAACCAGGAGUUCAACUACAGGGCCCUCUAUCCGCUCUUUGGGGUCGUCAACCACGACUGCAUUCCCAACGCCUACUACACCUUCGAGGAGAAGACCAACAACAUGAUCGUCCGCGCCGCCAUCGACAUCCCCGAGGGAUUCGAGGUGACCACCACCUACACCAAGCUCUUCACCGGCAACAUCGCGCGCCACCUCUUCCUCAAGAUGAAGAAGGGCUUCACCUGCAAGUGCCCGCGAUGCUCCGAUCCCACGGAGAAGGGCGCCUUCAUCUCGGGCCUCUACUGCCGGGACACGAACUGCACGGGCCUGGUGGUGCCGGAGAUCUCCGGGCUGCCGCAUCCGAACUGGAACUGCCUGGAGUGCAAGCAGAAGUCCACGCAUGCGCAGAUGAUGAAGUCGCAGGACUUUGCCAGCGGCGCCAUCAACGCCAAGGCCAAUUCGAAUUCGCUGCGCACCCUGGUGCAGUAUCUCAACGAGAAGAGCGACGCCUUCAUCCCGAGCUCCAACUACGUGGUGAUCGAUGCCAAGAUGUCUGUGCUGCAGCGACUGCAGCAGGGACGCGAGGACUGCUCCGAGGAGCUGGCCAACAACACGCGGCUCCGCUACAGCCGGGACAUCACCCAGGUGAUGGACAAGCUGGGUCUGGGCGACAGCCUGCUGCGCAGCCACCUGGAGGAGCAGCUGCGUCGCGAGGAGGAGCGCCGGGCCAAGCGGCUGGCGGACGAGGCCGAGAAGCAGCGCAAGCUGGCCGAGCUGCAGGCCAAGGCCGCCGAGGCGGACAAGCUGCUGGAGGUCCUGGAGAAGGAGCAGCAGGAGCAGCAGGAGCAGAAGGAGGCGGCAGCGGGCACAGCUGAUCCUGGAACGGCUCCUGCUCCUCCGCCGGCUUAGAUGCUCACCGGUAUCCAGCCACCUUUGCCAGGACUCGAGUAAUCUGAAACAGUUGUGUGUGUCUACAUAGAUAAAAAAGGUUUUCAAGAACUUAAAUUAAAUUAUUAAAAAUAUAUUAGCAGUGAAAAUAUUUUCAAUAAUAUUUAAAAUAUUAUAUUAAACACAGCUGUGAGUUCAAGAACUCAAGAUCCCGAAAGACGUGGCUUCAUACAAACGUGGCUUCAAGUGUAGUCCCCCCAAAACAGUCCUCUGGCCACCUCUCCUAGUUCUGUGUUGUGCGUACUAAACUAAAUAAUUGUAUCUGUAUUUGUAUUUAUUUAUUUAUAAUAAAUUAAAAAUUAUAUACUCGA